AAGCAGCCCGCGGCGGGCGGGCGCGGGGGCACCGGCCGCUAGCCAGGGGGUGAUCUGCAACCGGGCCGGGCCGCUCAGCGAGUGCCCGAGGCCAGGCUGCCUGCGCCGGCUGCCGCCCGCCCCUCGGGCACUGCCCCCGCCACCGCCAGGGAGCUCCGCAGCACGCCCUGUGUCUAGGUCGUUUGGGAAGCGCCUUGGAGAGUCAAGAAUAAAAUUGCAGGUCAAACAAUGGAUGAAUGGAAAAGUCGGCUUGUAAUCAAGAGCAUGGUUCCCCAUUUCGGCACGGUGGGAAAUCGUCAGGAGCCCAGAAAGCUCCAGGAAUCGGGACCCGUUAAAAGGAGACAGGAAGGAGAUCAUUUCCAGUUUCCAGGCAUGGCUGAUGGGGGUUACCCUAAUAAAAUCAAGAGGCCUUGUCUGGAAGACGUUACCCUUUCUAUGGGCCCGAGUGCCCACCCCAGCACGGCCUGUGUGGAGCUGCAGGUUCCUCCGCUAACGAUGAACCCCAGUGCCACGGCCAUGGGAGGAGCGGGCCAUUCGUUACCCCUCGAGACGAAUCCCAUGAACGGCAGCGUCAUGGGCUCGCCAUUCGUGGUGCCUCCGGCUGCAGAAGUGGGACUGAAAGGACCCCCUGGGCCCUACUACGACAAAACCAACAGCGUGCCAGCUGUGGACCAGGAACUUCAAGAUCUCCUGGAGGAACUAACAAAAAUUCAAGAACCUUCUCCGAAUGACCUCGAUCUUGAGAAGAUCCUGGGCAGCAAGCCGGAAGAACCACUGGUCUUAGAACACCCGCAGGCAACCCUGGGUACCACUCCCAAGCCUCCAGUGCAUAUGCCGCACUUGGAGAGCCUUGGUGGCAGCAAGGAGUUUGCUUCCAGUUGCAGCCAGCUCACGGGGGCGGGGCCGUCGCUUCAAGUCCCGCACUCCCCGGCCGGGAUCAGCUAUGGGAUCCCACCCCCAAGUAAGCGGGGGGCCUCGCCCAGCUCUUCAGUGGCGCACGCCAAGAGCCAGGCCCCGGGGGUGCCCCAGGCCGCUUUGCCCCCAGUCCCGGUGCCGCAGUGGCAUCACGCCCACCAGCUGAAGGUGCUGGCGGCUAGCAAGCAGGGGUCCGCUAGUAGGCCGCAGGCGCCCAGCCCCAGCUGGUCGGGCCUGCCGCCUCCGGGCAUGUCCCCGUCUUACCGCCCGGUACCAUCUCCGCAACCGCCACCGCAGUUCAGCCCUCAGAGCCUCAUGGUGUCGUGCAUGGCGUCCAGCAACCUGCCCGGGAGCGCCUUCCAAGCCUCCCCCAAUGCCUUACUCGCCAGCCUGGCGUCCAGUGGCACCACCGCCCUGGGGCCCGCCAUGCUCUACACUCCUGAGAAGCUCCCCAGCCCUGCGCUCAGUCAACAGCCGCAGUUCAGCCCACAGAGCUCCAUCCUGGCCAACCUGGUGUCCUCCGGGGUCAAAAGUCCUCCGGGGCACCUGCUGUCCGCCCUGCCUGCCAGCAACGCGGGGCCCUCCCCCCCUUACCGGCCGGAGAAGCUCUCCAGCCCGGGCCUGCCGCAGCAGUCCUUCACUCCGCAGUGCUCCCUCAUCCGGAGCCUCACACCCUCUGGCCACCCGCUCACGCAGCCGCCGCCGCCGCCGCCGCCGCCGCGGCAGUCAACGAGCACCAUCUUCAAGCCCUUGACCACCGACUCAUCCAAAACCCUGAGCGUGAUCAUGCAGCAGGGGCUGCCCAGCCCCGGCCCUGGAAUCCCGGAGCCCUUUACCUUCGGCAACACCAAGCCCCUGUCGCACUUCGUUUCUGAGCCAGGCCCCCAAAAGGUGCCCUCUGUGCCUGCCACCUCUAGGCAGACGUCCCUGCUCCACUACCUGCAGCAGGCACCGCCGGCCUCUUCCACCACCGCCUUGUCCACCGCCACUGCCACCUUGCAGCCGCCGCCGCCGCCGCCGCAGCCUGACCACUCGUCACUCCUUCUGCACCAGAUGAUGCAGCAGCCCCAGCGCUUUCAGCGGCUGGGGCCGCGGGACUCCAUGCCUUCUCUGCCCAGACAGCAAGAGAAGCAGAGAUCAGGUCUUACGGCAAUGACCCCUGAACAGCGGAGUGCAUAUAUUGCCCAACAAAUGAGUCAAUUUCAAGCCGUCCAAGAACAAGUCACCUCCAAGUGUAGCCAGACCAAGGCAAGAUCCCCAUCUAGUCAGCCCGUGAUGCCACCCAGAGCGGGGCUCCUUCAGAACAAUCCGAAUCCAGCAAUGAUCCCACCCUCCAGGCACCAGAGCCACAAGGGCAUGGACAUGGCUUUGCCGACUCCGACUCCGGGCAAUCAACAAGGAAUUUUCAACCCUAACCCUCCAUUUCCCAUACCCUCACACUUGGGCCAGAACCCCCCAGGCAGUGCCCGUCUGCAGAUUGCCAAGGCCAUCCCCUCAGAAGCGCCCCUGCUUGCGUUCUGUCCCAGACCCCUGGGCGGCCAGCUUCCAAGUCCCCACCAGCUCAGACAGCCCUGUGUGCCAAGAAAUCCUACAGUGUUGAAAGAAGCCACGUGGGUGGCAGCGGCAGCAGCUGGGACCACAGCGGUCUCCAGGGAGCCCCCCCUUAGCCACACAGACCUUAGCAUCCGGCCGCACUUGGAGAGCAACUCGAUCUUCACCAGAACUCCGGUGGGGUCCCCGACAUUUCCAUCACAGCAAGCAGUUGUGCCCCCCAAUCAAGUGGCCCCAGGAGGCAGGCCUGGCCAGAAGGUGAGCUUCGGCCUUCUGGGCAACCAGAGUCUCAGGCAGAGCCCAGUGCAGGGUCCCGUGCUAGUGUCCAGUGCCACCAAGUCCCUCCAGCAGGGCAUGGCUGGCUUUGGUCCGGUGAGUCCCAUAGAGGGCAUCGAGCCGCCAAGCUAUGUGGCUGCUGCCAUCGCCACCAGCCAGUCCCUGGGUCCAUUCAGCAGAAUGGGCUUCCCCCCUGAGCUGCCACCUUACGACUUUCUGCCCCCGCCCCAGCCCCAGCUCAACGGUGUGCUCUCAGCCCCUGACUGCAGUGAGGUGGAUUUCAUUGACGCUCUCCUGAAAGGCCCCAGAGGGAGCCCCGAGGAGGGCUGGGUGUGCAACCUAAGGCUCAUCGAUGACGUUUUGGAAGAGCACGCUGCCGCUGCCGCUGCCGCUGCCGCUACCGCUGCUGUCCCCCAGAGCGCAGGGGGGCUUUAAGUGCUCAUAGAAACACCCACACCCACACCACUUUAGGCAAUGGCGUGCAACGCCAUAGCAAAUUCACCACCUGCCCCCCAGCCACGCAGUUGCUUCCUCCCUACGAUGUGAGUGGCACCCGCCUCUGCUCAUCCCUCUCUCUACCUGUGACAAAGCAGAAAGCUGGUGAUUUUUCAAGCUACCUGUACAUAUUUGAAAAUUUUGUAAAUGGUUUUCCUAAACGUUAAUGACAGAAGUAUUUAUACUUCAUUUUGUGACUUUGUAAAUAAAGCGACGGCUUUUGUUUCA